CUUCUCUCUUACCAAAUCAUCGUAUACACUUUGCCUCUGGAGACAAAAUGCCUUUGGUUUCUGCGGCCAUAUCUGAGAUUCAAGCCCGAAUUCUCACAAUUGAUUCCGAUAGAAACCGUCUCUACCUAUCUUUUGUUCUGCUAGGCUCCCUCCUCUGCUUGACUUUUUACCUGGCAUCUCCCUCCCGUGCGUCCCCUCUGAAGCAGUUCUCGGGCCCAUAUGGCUGGCCCAUAGUUGGAAACUUUCUGUCAAUCUACCGUCAGCGCACAGAGAAGAUAUACUUGGAGUGGGCAUCCAAGCAUGGAGACGUGUUCAAGAUUCAUCUUGGGUACACACCCGCCCUGGUGAUCAAUUCUGCGGCUUCCGCAAAAGAAAUUCUUGGACGAAACUCGCAAGCUGUGGCAUCGCGACCCUCCUUUUACACGUUCCACACUAUUGUCUCCAAGGAUUUAGGAACUACUAUUGGCGCCUCAAAGCUCAACAGCAGCCUGAAGCACACCCGCAAAGAGAUUGCGUCGGAAGGGAGUAAGCCAGCACUUAAAACGCGCCUGCGCGAUAUUGACCUAGAGACGCGUCAUUUGAUGCGGGAUCUCGUCACGCAUUGCGAUGCUGGCCAAACCCCGGUUGAUAUGUACAUGUUCAUCUCAAGGCUGGGGCUGAGCCUGAUGAUGACGUUAUGUUACGGCCGGCGAAUGCACCUCGACGACCCUCUCACGGCCGAGAUCAUCGAUGUGGAAGACCAACUCCUAGGCCUACGCAGCCCCUCGGGAAAUUACCUUGACUAUUUACCAUUUCUGCGUAAAUUGCCGUCUACUCCACUCGCCCGGAGAGCCGCGAGUCUAAGAGACCGCCGAGAUGCAUAUGUGUUGAGAUUGAAAGAGGAGGUUGACGAGAAAAUCACGAUGGGCACAUACGUCCCAUGCCUUUACACCAAAAAUCACUUUAGCCCCCAUCCACUCAGCUCUAGCGAAGUGUCAAUGAUUCUGGUUACCCUUGUGUCGUCAGGGCUCGCGACGGCGACGAACACGGUGCGAUGGUGUAUGACGCUGCUAGCAACUCGACCGGACCUGCAAGACGCCGCCUACAAGGCAAUCCGUGAAGUAUACCCGACCGACCGGGAGGCUUUUGAAGCCAUUGUGAAAGACGAAGAAGAGGUCCCUUAUAUCUCCGCGCUUGUACGCGAGACUCUUCGUGUAUAUUCUCCAGCGAGGGUCUCUCUUCCCCGAGCCAGUGUGCAAGAAUUUCAGUACCAAGGAAAGACCGUCCCGGCCGAUGUCAUGAUCAUUCACAAUGCUUGGGGUUGCAAUAUGGAUCCCCGUGCAUAUGGCGAUCCAGAAAUCUUUCGCCCUGAGCGGUGGAUUGAGAAUCCCGACCUCCCACUGUUCAGCUUCGGGCUAGGCUAUCGCAUGUGCCCCUCACUGCACUUUGCGCUUCGGGAAGUUUACACGAUGUUGAUGCGAAUCAUCGUGACAUUUUCAGUUUCAGGCGCUGGGGUUCUUGAUCCCCACCCAAUAUCGGGCUGCGGAUCGGCACCGAAUCUUGUCACGGGGCCGGAAAACGCAAAACUAUUCCUUAAACCCAGGGACAGCAGCGGCAUCGAAAGCAUCCUAGCCUCUUACGACGACUAGGAUUGUCGAGAAGCAUUACUUAUCCCUUUUUAGAUUGUAAACUCGUUGCUCGUAUUGAGACAUGGCAGUGGACGGAACAAUCGCUCGGAAAUUUGUCUUCGAGGGGGGCUAUGGCUUAACGAAAUGCCGCAACAAAGACGGCCGGGCUUCGUUCUAGUUUGUUAUCAACUCGCGGAUCUCUUAAUACGAAGGGCAGUUGAGAUACGGGGGCCGCCCCAGUGGGCUAUGCCUGUGGCUCUGAGGUCCAAACCUGGCAAAUUGGCCGGAGUCCCGCAAGAAAUCGUUUUAAAUGAGC